GUCGCACUGAGGUUGGACCCUUCCGGCGUUCCGUACAUCAGCAAAGCUUCCUGUGUAGUGUAAACAUGUGGAUUACUAGACCUAUUUUAUGAACUGCUUGCCUGGUAUUUGGUGCUCAAUCUGUUCGAUAGGAAAACAGGGAAUCCCCUUGUAGUUAUACAAGAAAAUGGAACUCGAAAAUCGACCCAAAAAGAGAUCCCACGGCGAGGAUGAGAAGUCUGGCUCAGAAGGAUCAGAGGAUGAUGACUAUGUUCCCUAUGUUCCAGUCAAAAUCAGAAAGCAGAAGAUGCUACAGAAGAUGUUGCGUCUACGAGGGAAGGCUGUGGACGAGGAGCAGAAGGACAGUGGGGAGGAGCAGAGGGAUGAGGACGAGGGUCUUGGUCCACGCUCCAAUGUCAGUCUGCUUGACCAGCAUCAGCACCUCAAGGAGAAAGCAGAAGCUCGCAAAGAGUCCGCCAAGGAGAAGCAGCUGAAAGAGGAAGAAAAGAUUCUCGAGAGUGUUGCAGAGGGCAGAGCUCUGAUGUCUGUGAAGGAAAUGGCCAAAGGUAUCAUAUAUGAUGAUCCAAUAAAAACAAGCUGGAAGGCACCACGUUACAUCCUGAAUAUGCCGGACACCCGAAAUGAGCGUGUAAGGAAGAAGUUUCACAUCCUGGUCGAUGGAGACGGCAUCCCUCCUCCAAUCAAGAGCUUCAGAGAGAUGAAGCUUCCACCAGCAAUUCUUAAAGGUUUGAAAAAGAAGGGCAUCGUGCAUCCCACACCUAUUCAGAUUCAAGGAAUCCCAACAGUUCUGUCAGGUCGAGACAUGAUCGGCAUAGCCUUCACCGGUUCAGGAAAGACUUUGGUCUUCACUCUGCCCAUCAUCAUGUUUUCUCUGGAGCAAGAGAAAAGGCUGCCUUUCUUUAAGAGAGAGGGACCUUAUGGACUCAUCAUCUGUCCUUCGCGAGAGUUGGCGAGGCAGACUCACAGCAUCAUCGAGUACUACUGCAAGCUGCUGGAGGAGGAAGGAGCUCCUCAGCUGAGAACUGCCCUCUGCAUCGGAGGAAUGUCUGUCAAGGAGCAGAUGGAAGUCGUUAAACAUGGUGUCCACAUGAUGGUCGCGACCCCCGGCAGAUUGAUGGACUUACUUCAGAAGAAGAUGGUGAGUCUGGACAUCUGCCGCUACUUGGCUCUGGAUGAGGCCGACAGGAUGAUUGACAUGGGCUUUGAGGAAGACAUCAGAACCAUCUUCUCUUACUUCAAGGGACAAAGACAAACCCUGCUUUUCAGCGCCACUAUGCCCAAGAAGAUCCAGAACUUUGCGAAGAGUGCUCUGGUCAAACCCAUCACCAUCAACGUGGGCAGAGCCGGUGCUGCCAGUUUGGAUGUCAUCCAGGAAGUGGAAUAUGUCAAGGAGGAAGCAAAGAUGGUUUAUCUACUUGAGUGUCUCCAGAAAACACCACCUCCUGUUUUGUUAUUUGCUGAGAAGAAGGCUGACGUAGAUGCCAUCCAUGAGUAUCUGCUGCUUAAAGGAGUAGAAGCGGUGGCCAUCCAUGGAGGAAAAGAUCAGGAGGAAAGAACCAAAGCCAUUGAGGCGUUUAAAGAAGGAAAGAAAGAUGUCUUAGUGGCCACAGAUGUCGCCUCCAAGGGUCUGGAUUUCCCAGCUAUACAGCAUGUAGUGAAUUAUGACAUGCCUGAGGAGAUAGAAAACUAUGUCCACAGAAUUGGAAGAACUGGACGAUCAGGCAAGACCGGUAUUGCCACUACGUUCAUUAAUAAAGGCUGUGAUGAGUCAGUGCUGAUGGACCUGAAAGCCCUGUUGGUGGAAGCCAAGCAGAAGGUCCCUCCAGUCCUCCAGGUGCUCCAGACAGGAGACGAGACCAUGCUAGACAUCGGCGGAGAGAGGGGCUGUACGUUCUGCGGUGGUCUGGGUCAUCGUAUCACAGACUGUCCAAAGUUGGAGGCCAUGCAAACAAAGCAGGUCACCAACAUCGGACGGAAAGACUACCUGGCUCAUAGCUCAAUGGACUUCUAAAGAACUUACAUUAAAGGGAAGAUUCAAAAACUUAAAAUGGAACUGAGAAAGGUUUCUGAGAAAACAAUACAGUUUUAUGUGGGUUAACUGAACUAAGGAAGUCUGUUUUUAUCAUCACCUAACAUAGUUUUCAGAUCUGUCAGGUUUAAGUAUGUUUACCCUUUCUUUCCCCAAAUGUCAAAUGUGCUCUUUAUGUGUAGCCUUUGUAAGAUAUCUUUUGAUACUCUAAUUGUAAAUAAAACUUCUACAUUUGUUGUGA